UUUGCCAUCGCAUCACUGCCGAAACAUUGCUUCUAUCACUAGUCCAUUCCAACCGCCCGGAAAUAACCCUUGGCCUCACCUGGUCAAUCCAUUGCCAAACCAGAAGAUACCUCACAAACAUGGGCAAAGAGUCAGAUCGCAGGUAUCAAACCUCACGAAAGUCUACUGGCUCUAUCUUUAACACACGUUACCACUCGCAAGGAGCUACUUACACCGAGUAUGACCCCGUAGAUACUCGGACGGGGUAUUCCCAAACUAGAGACAACGGUCUUCAGAAUUCACCUCACACGAUGGGUGGGCAGCAAACAACUUACGCUGAUAGUCCCACAUUCGUGUAUGUGCACAACGAUGACGGAUAUGCAGAUCUAUCCAGCCAGAUGAAAGCUCUUGAACGUAAAUUCAUGGAAUUUAACGGUGGACUCCUCGACCUUGAAACGAACACCAACCUCAAUCACAGUGCGGCGCUCCAGGCCACGGCGGGGAUCCAUCAGGAAAUCUCCAAAGUCAAUACUGCUUUAUCAGCCGGUCUGGCCUUCUCAGAGGAGUACCAAGAUGUCAAGAAUCACCUGGUCAAGGCCUCCAGCAUGGCCUCUGGUCUUGCUGACUUUCUCAACGGUGCGAACGGCACUACCACAUAUGGCAAGUAUCCAGGCAUGUCAACGGUCGGCAGUGAGGGCAGUGAGACUAUACACAUUAAUAUCGCGAAUGCACGCUCAAUGUUCCCAGCGUACCAUACGGGGAGGAACGUGAUGCCUGACCAAGUCCACGACGGGUAUACGCAGAACGCUUACACGUUACAUAACGGUGCUCCCAAUGGCUAUGUACAGCCCAAUGUCUCCAGCCAUAACCCUCCAUCGAUGCCUUCUACUUGCGGCGGCAGAUCGAGCGGGCCUGGCUACAACAUGACCAGGCCGCAAGAUACUACUGCAUGGUCACAAGGUGGUUAUCUGCCGCCGCUGGACAGCGCCACUUGCGCCACUCGCGGGACCCGGACCCGCCACGAGACAGAGGAGAGUGACGAGAUGUCCGCCUUCCAUGUCGGCCAAUCUGGUCCUCAUCGACCAACGAUGCGAACGGCCAGAGUGUACAGUGACGACGACUAUCAUCGCGGUCCUCCUCAGCGUAGCGGGGCUCAGCAAUCGCCAUGGACUGAGAGCGAUGACGGUGAGUACGUUUGAGUACCAAUACGCAGGUCGAUAUAGCCUUAAUUUUGGCAAUCCACCACACCAUCACCCUCUACGGCUUGCGUCUACCAAAAGGUCUUGAUUAAUACCAUAGAAACAGAGCUCAGGCGGAGCUAUGCAUGUCGUAAAUCCCUUGCAUACCUCUGGGCAAGGAUCGAUAUUGGCGGGUCUUUGCAUCCACCAGCUUUGAAAGUAGCGGAUGACGUGUGCACUCCUCCUUCACUGGGGCUACUGUAUUCUGUGCCAUCUCAAGGGGUCGACAAUACUAUAAUGGUCGCCAACCUCGUCCACGGACGCUUGGUCCGAAGUGAAGCGGGGCUCUUCUUGCCCCCUCCUGUACGACACCGACGAUGAUGGCACUUUGGCCGGUCGGCCGAAGCAACCAA